UCCGAUUCAUGUAUGAAUGAAAGAUGCUGCCCCAUGAAACCCUCAAACUGGUAAGAUGAACACACACGGCUGUCUAAAUCCGCAAAGCUUCUAUACUUGCUCAGCGGGGGAUUUUAAUGGUUGUUGCUCAGUUAGUCCGUGUGAUACGGGUGUUUGCCUGGAUGAGAAGGCUUCAAAUCAGGGUGAGAAUACAAGUUUCUCGAGUGAAAGUGAGAGGUCGAGUACUUCGACAGCGACGACAGGGAAGAUGAAUGAGCCGUUGAUAGGGACGACAACGGCGACGGCGACAGCGGCGCCUAUGAGUGCAGAUACGGGGAAGAGGAAGGGGGGAAGUGGUGCCAUGAAUAUGCAUGUGGGUGCAGCGACUGGAACGGGGACGACAACGCAGCCGCAAGCUGGGACCAUUUGGUCUAUUCCUGGUGGUAUUUCAGGGCCGUCGCCAAGGCCUGCAUUGUUGGGGACUCCGUCUCGUCCGGAUACUGUCACGACUAGUGCAGGAAACAGCAGCACCAGUCCGAACACAAGCACUAGCACAAAUCUCAGCAUCAGUACAAUAUUCCCCUCUAAUGCAACCACAUCCUCAACCUAUCCAACCGAACAAAUCGAAUCCGCAACCUUUAGCUCCGAUUCCCGUCCUAGCACAUCUUCCAGCAGCGAUAACAACAAAGCCCUAAUAGGUGGCGUCGUGGGCGGUAUCCUCGUAUUGGGAGUUGUACUAGCAGUCAUCUUUGUAUUAUUCUGCCGAUGCAAGAAGAAGAGGAGGAGGAGGAGGAGGUUUACAUUGUUGGCGUGGCAUGGGCCGCAGCAUGGUAAUGAUCGAGAGAAGGGGGAUGCUAUUACUGUCACUGCUGCUGGGGUUGGGUCUGGGGAGAGCCUAUCAGGCCCUACAAAUUACAACCACACCCAAUCCCAUACCCAACCAACACCCAUAUCCACCACCCUGCCAGCCACAACCCCUAACGCAAACACGCACACCCCAACGUCAACAACCCACCUCCUCCGCACCCCAACCCUAAUAUCCCCAGCACCCUCAUUCACAUCUCCAUCUCUAGAACGGCGGCAUCGGCAUCCUCUCUCCCCAAUCCCAUCUAUUCCAUCAAACCCAUCCCUCCACUCGACCCUAAGCUCGAAACAUGAUAUGGUGAUGAAUAUAGAGCAGGAUUUGGGUGUUCAUCCAGCCCUAAGAGGACCGAAUGUAGAAGCAGAACGGGCGUUGGACACGGGGAUAGUGACAGGAACAAGGACAGACCCAGAAACAACUCCCGAACUAGGCGACACGGGCUUCUACCGCCAACGCGCCGAGCUAGCAGCAUACUCCCAAAGCGAACUAAUCAACAUUCCGCAUGAACGACGCCGCCCUAUCUCUAUCCCUAACCCUGUUGCUGACUCUCUUUCCCCAAAACCGUCCUCUUCCUCUCCUGAAAACCCCCACAAGCCCAGCGGUGGCACGAAAAUAAUAACCUCCGACGGCGUCCUCCUGUCCGCCAAUUUCGAGCGUUUUCCGGGGUGCGAGGACUAUGCUACUAGUUUCACGCAGUGUUUUGAAUGGGGUGGGGUUGAUGAGAAGAGGAGGGAAAGUGGUGACGGUGGGGAUUUGGGGUCUUGAUUCUGUUUCUUUGAUCUUGCAUGUUUAUUGGUUUGAGGCCUGAAGCUUUGCGAAAAUACUAGACGCUAGACUCUUCUUUGUACGCGGUGUUGCAAUCAUUGUCCCAUGUCUGUUGUCGAGAAAAAGAUAUAUACUAAUCAUGAUCAUCAACUUUUAUUCAAAUGCAUCAUCCAAUCAUCCUUAUCUGAAAAGUAAGUUACAGCAACUCCUUAAGCACAGAAGUCUGCUCGAGAACAGCCCUUUUACUCGUCC